ACGUCAGUUUGUAUCCUGCGGAUCGCACGGACGUAGUCUCCAUGACUCCGUAGCCAGCGUGGGAGGGUGUCCGAGUACGUACGCAUGCGUUCAGCUCCAAUGACCCCACGUCCGGGACCCCAUCUGCAAUGUCUCCAAACAUCCCGGAUGUACACAAGUACUCGCCUCCAGGACACUGCAACGUACAGGCUGUUACCAUACCUUCAGAAAUGUCGGCAUUCUGCCGCAUGCCGUUGGGAUACGGACCAUUUCCCGGACCUCGUCAGACAACUUCGGGUUUGCCGCACCAUGGCUGGAAUGAAGCUCGAAGUACAACUUACAGCUUGAUCUUCAAAGCGGAUAAGAGUCAUUUGUCAACGUUUCUUCCCAACGAGCACUUCCGUAUUGACACUGAGAACGGCUUGGCCUAUGCAUCUUUUGCAUUGGUCCAUUUGGAGAAUCUCCCGUGGCUUGCAGGACGCGGAUACAACCACUUCGGCUUCUACAUACACGAUGUUGUUUGUAAAGACGGCGCAGACGAGGUACGCGGAAAGUAUCUGAUUGUUCUUUUCGAAGACUGUGCCGAUGCCAUCACCAGCGGCCGGGAAGAGCUCGGGUACGCCAAGCUGUGGGCGGACCUGAGUGCGAAGUACGAGUCGACCAACAUGCGACUUUGUCUGGGCUGGGACGGAAGUGUGUUCGGUGAGCUCAGUAUAAAUGGCCUGCGUAAUAACGAAGGCGACGUCCCGGACCCAGCCAAGGUAUCUUUCCGUCCAAUGCAGGGCAUUCUCCACUACAAGUACGUCCCACGUACCGGAAGUCCUGGCGAGGCGGAUGUGCAAUAUCCGACGUUCACACCGGCGCCAGCGGAAGGCACGUCGCGCGUUCUCAGGACAGCAUUGUCGCAGACGGGACAUUUCGGCUUCAAAGCCUUGAGUUUCGCAGAGCUGCCGACACUGCACCAUGUCGCCGCACGUUUAAGUGAGCUCCGACCUCAAGGACCGGUUGAUUGCAUUGUCAUCGAGGAGGUGGGCGUCUCAGAUAUCAGUUCGCAGCGCAUUUUGCGAGCCUAGCAUGGGGGCCGGUAAAGUGGCCCUGAAUUAUAUCUCUGAAAACGUUUCAGGUCCGAUAAGACCAUAGGUAAAUGCAUGCUCAUCGUGAUAAAAACGUUGCAAGAUACCAGGCUAAAUGCUGUUCGAGCAUGUCGUAUG